UGAGGAAGUUGGAUAGCUCUGCUUCAACAACAACAUGGCCAAUAGAGGUUACACAUCCUGGGAGAAGAGUUUAAAAUGUUAUCAUCAGUCUGGAAUAGGUUUUGGUUUUGAGUGAACAUAUUCAAAAUGCUUUGGGGCAACAAAUGGUUGUGCGCUUCUGUGCUACUUACUUUGGCUAACGGAAACAAUUUUAGUCAACACAUUCAGGAGCGGAAGACCUGCCACCCAGGGUUCUACUGCCCACUGGAGAGCAUCACUCCAGUCCCUUGUCCUAAAGGAACCUAUGGACCAUCUGCUGGUUCUGUGUCUAUAGAUGGCUGUCUGAAGUGUCCUCCUCAGCACUACUGUCCUCGACCAGAAAUGAUUGCCCCUCUCCCAUGUGGUCCUGUGGCUCAUCAGCUGCUUGUGGGUCAGGACACCUGCAUAUGUCCAGGAGAAGGGCAGAUUUUCCAGACCAGUGAUGGUCUCUGCCAGUGCACUCUGGACUACCAUUCUUCCAACAAUGGACACGUGUGUGCACACAAGCUGUAUGACAUCUGCAGAGAUGGAAAAACACGUUCUCAGUAUGGACACUGUCUGGAUAGAUAUCAGUGGUCACUUCACUGCAGCCACCAGGUGUGCAGAUCUGCAGAGGACUAUCAGGGUUAUAAUGGUGAGCUGGGCCUGUGUGUCUGCAGACAGCCUGCAGGCAGAGCUGUGUGUGGAGGCCUGUGCAGGAGAAGUUCAAACACGAAGCUCAAACUCCAGUGCCGCUUUAACGGUGAAAUGGAGCUAGUGUGGAAUGGUGAAAGUCAGGUGUCGGCCGUCUCAGGCAGGGUGCUGGAGAUGCCAUUUGAACACUGGGACUCCCAGGGGACACUGCUGUGCAGCUGUCAUCCUAAUUUUUCACGUCCCGUCUACGUUGUUCAAUCAACAGAGGCAGGAUUCCUUGGCCUCUCCAGAGGCAUCCUGAAGGAAAUUAAGGAACUGUUUCCAAUCAUCCCAGAAAAGGACACAAAUACCUCAUCAGAUACAUAUUCUGAUGUCCAGUGGGAGGUCCCUAAAGUUGAAAAUAACAGUCAUGGUCGAAGAGAAAUGAAUUUGAGUGGCAGGAUUGCAAAAAGGAAUGUUGAGGAAGAGAUGGAAACAACUGGUUUUACUGGAGUUCUGAACCCCACAACGUGUCUCCAUCUUGGUGAUAUUUUGCUCUUCACUGUCAGCAUGCAGCACUACCCUCAGUACGAUGUCGAAAACCUGUACAACACAAACUAUGAGUUUGAUUGGGGCUCAUUCCGACAGUUAACAGACGAGCUAACUCUGUCUUGGACGCCUCCUGGCUUCUUUUCUGUUGUCUUCAGCCAGCCUGGAGUUUAUGUUUUUACCCUGAGCAGCAAUCAGCACAAACACAUGUACGUGCGAGUGAUGCCUGCAGUUGGUCAGUGUUACGAGCCGGGACCAUUCUUCCCUUCCAUUCCUCAUCAUGUGACCAGGAUGGGAAUCCGUCAGCGACGUAACCUGUUACUGCGACCAGACUGGUUGGUGACUGGAACACUGCUAUUUGGAGCAGUACUUAUCCUUUGUUUAUGUGUUACACUACUGAUCCUGUUCCGUGAGUACGGGUGGCCAGCGAAGGAGCCGAUCAGAGCACAGUAUCGCCUAACGCAGCUUGGUUACCACAUGGAUGAUUACUCUUCAAAGGGGUCACAGGUGAUCUCCCUCAGGAAGGUGCAUCGAAACCUGCAAGCCAGGAUGACUCAUGAGUCCAUUCAGCCAGUCUGUGCAGAGAAUUUGGAGGAGUUCUGGGAUUAUGAACACCAGGUGGAUCUGGAGGCAUUCAGCACCAACAUCUUCUACAGCCUCCUGCUCAAACAGAGCCUGUCAGUCACCUCUCGGCUGGGACAGCUCACCUCUGAGGUAAAGGAAUUGUACAGCGGAGUGCUUGGAAAGCUGCAGCUGUUACACCCACCCGUGAUCACUGAGGAAAAGAGGGGAGAGGGUUAUGAGAGGAUGAGGACGGAAGUAGAGAGAGAAGUGGCGCGACGCAAGUCACUGGCCUCCCAGCUGAGGACACAACUCGACAACCAGCUAGAGGUUCUUAGGCGGGUGCAGCAGGCCCAGCGGAGAGUCCACAGUGUGUUCACAGCUCAGCUCAGAGAGUGUACCCGACUACUAACCAGGGCUUCCAACAACCAGCCUCCCUGUGAGCAGCAUCAGCAAACUCUGAUUCAGAGAGUCACAUCCCUGAUCGAUGAGGUGGGGGAGCUGAUAUCUGCAGAGUGCCAGCAUCAAGGCUGCUGGGGUUUACUGGGUGAGGGUACAGGAGCCAAACUGCUUUGCCCAGACACCGGAACUGUGCUCACCAAGGACCACAUCUUUGGUUCUGAUGGAUCGCUGGGCGUCUGUGGGGCGGUUCACUGUGAUUCAGUAACGGGUCUCAUCAGGCCAAACGUUCACACUCACAUGCUGUUGAGCAGUGGCCACACCAUGGCGGUUCCACCGGAUUUCUUCAUCCACCCGCAGACCGGCCGCGUCCUUCCCAUAGCUGGACACGUGGCCUUCGAUCCUGCCAGCUCUUCUUUAGUGUGCACCACAGACACAUGUGCAGACCCAGUAGAUCACAGAAAGUGGGACAGCCCUCUUCUUCCUUUCAUUCCAUAUCCAACCUCUUGCCAUUCAGAUCGGCCCAUUCCCAGCACUCGGCUCAAAGGCCUCAGACCUGGUCAGCGGCUACAGUUCGGUGCUCCCAUGGCGGACCCAGAGACAGGAGUCCCAGUUCCCAUUCUGGCAGUUACUAUCCACCCCCACAAUGGACUACUUUACCCUCUAGGUGGGGUGCACGUUUGCCCCUUCAGCCGCCUGCCACAGCCUAUACAGAUCGGUUCCCCCAUGCUGGAUCCCAAGACAGGCAACAUAGUGCUGACUGUUGGGGUCAGCUUGGAUGUGGUAACCGCACGUGUCCUGCCAGUAGGUGGUGUUCUGUUGGCUGAGUCCUUCGUUGAGCCUCUGAGUGGACGAAUGGUGAGAGUAGGAGGGGCCAACAUGCGUGCUGGGCAAUUAGUACCACAUGCAGGAGGAUACCAGGCUCUACUAGACAGCAAGGUGCUGACAGCAAUGCUAAAAGUUGCGGAGCUCCUGAAGACGCUGAGUGAGGAGUUGAGCUCAGAGACACUUCACUUGCAGCAUCUACGUCAGGCUGCUGACAGACGGAGCGUUCAACAAGAUCUUCUGGCUGCAGCAAAGACAGAGUUCCAGCUUGCUUGGGGAAGGAGUCGCCACUGCCAGCUGCAGCUUCAGACCAGGUUGGAGAUGCAGCUGGACUGGGUCAUAGGUCUCCAGGAGAAUGGAGGAAUUCUAGGAGAAAUGCCUUGCUCAGGCUCACAUAUGUGUGUGCCAGCGCUGCUGGGAAUGGAGUACCCUGACCCCACGGGAUCUGGUCUCAAAGUACCUGUCCUGGGGUCUCAUGUUGAUCUCAUCUCUGGGGUUGUAAUACCACUAGCAGGGACAAUGGAGGACCCAGAUGGAAAAGGCCUGGUCCCGGUCUGUUAUGGAUCCCAGACGGUUGACCCAGUAACAGGUCUGUUGGCUCCAGUUGUUGGCGCCAGAUUUGACAUGUCCAGAAAAACUGUAGUACCUGUCACAGCCUCCUACUGGCUAACAAUGGUAGAUCACACUGACAGUGUACAGGUGGAGGUGCUGCAGAAAGAGGUCUGUGCAAGGAAUGCUCACUGGGAGCAACAGAGGCAAAAGGAAGAAGAUAUUCUAUCUGAUCUGGACUCAGCUCUCAUCCAGUGUCUCCUUGGAGUCACAGAGGUUAACUCUUGGCAGGUCCUGUGGUCAGGGCUGGAGAAGCAGCUGAGAGAGGCAGGGGCGGAUCUUCAGGAUUCAGCGCACAACGAGGCUCAGAGGAAAGCAGCGCAGCACUCCCACUUGGCUCUCAUCUUACCGCCGCAUGUAUUACACAUCCUCACUUCGGGUGACGAAGAAGAGUGGGAUCAGCAUUGUCUGUGGUACUCAGAGUUGUUGUCAGUCCUUGAUAAGCUCGAUGUGUGCAUGGAGCAGCUGCAGAGAGACCAGGAGAAAUGGGCUUCACAGGGAGGACAGUGGACUACAACUGUCCAUGCUGUGGACAGAGAAAUAAGACAGAGAGAGCUGUGGGAACAAUGCUCCAGCAGACAGGCAGAGCUGGAGGCGUCAAUCAAUCCACUGCAUUGUGUCAGACAACUUUCCCAGCUCAGGGCCGACACUGCUCAGGCUGUGCUGUGCAGGAACUUUUGGUACAAAGAAUACGGUUUAAUGCAGUGGAGUGGACAUAGACCUUAUGUGAAGGUGAUGGAUUCACUGCAACAGAAGGCUUUGCCUCUGCUGGAAAGACUGAACCAACUCCUGGAAGACAAACAGCCUACAGAUGUCACCUCCAACUCCUGCCGUCAAAAGAUUUCUGGUUUGUCAGUAAAGCAGAUGGAUGGAUUGGAGACAUCCUCGAGAAUCUGGACAGCUUCAGUACCUGUAGGAAAAGGCAUCUCUACGCAGUCGCUGAGGGAGCCUGUCAAAGCUCACUCCCAGGACACGUCUCUGCAGGCCAACUCAGCACCGGCACAGAACUCACAAGGGGACACAACCUCUUCAGGCAUUCAGGAGAGUGAACCAGUGAAAGAACCUGCUCGGCUCCUACAUAUCCCUGUUCCUGUCAUUUCAGGGGAGGAGUGGAGCAAGCUGCUGCAGCUCUCUCCACUGUUUCAGCUGCUGAAGGGGGUGGAGUUACAGCUGAAAUGCUCCGCCCACGCUGCUGGGCUCCUUCAAGCAGAAUCUGCUGACAGAGGCAAAAGUUUUGUCGACAUCCUGGAGGCCCAGUGGGACUGUGAAGGAGAACUGAUUCCUUUGGACUCAUCACUCCUCAAUCCCAGAGAGUUUCUGGUCUAUCAGCAUGGACUGUUCCUGCUCAACACACUGCAUAAUCUCAAACUGACUCCUUCAGUUUCACUCCAGAUAGCAGCUACCCUCCCACAUAACAACUACUUCAACAAUGCUUUCAGAAAUUCCUUCUUUUACCAGGAGUCACAGGCGACUCUUUUUGUGCGGCGCCAGAGGCUACAGUCAGUUGGAGGUUUCUCGCUGCUCCUCCUCCACUGUCUGUCCCAUGUCAAACUGAACAACAUGAGCUCUGACUGCAGCCCUGCCUUCCAGAGGCUUUUCUUCAAGAUGCUACAGGCCUGUCUAGCAGAACUGUUCCAGGCUCGACUUGGCAUGUUCCAUGCUGGACAAGAAGAUGAUCCAAAUUUGUGCUUUCCAGACCAAAGAGACCCACAGAGAGACUUUAAGGGAACUAUGUUGGGUUCUUGUGCUGCUGGCCUGCUAGAAAGGCUGCACAGGCCAAGCAGAGGACUCCUUUCUCCAGACGAAAUUGAGACACUUCAGAGGAAACACAGAGAGACAUCUGUGUUUUGCCAUCUGGAAGGACUGCUGAGAGAAAAAAGUUCUGAAGACACAAACAAAAAGGAGACUGUGUAAACACACUGACAGUGCUGUCACUGAAACUGGACAUGACACCUGGGACCUGGGUUUUUGUCACCACCUGCUGGACCACUGAAUAACCACUUACCUGCCUAAGACAGCUGACCUGAAUGAUACUGCUGAGCUACAACAUACCACAUUGACUUAAAACUGGGACUUUUUAGAAUCAGAUCUGUUCUGGACUGUGUUUUGCAUGCUGCUUUGUCUGCAUUUUGUUCAUUUGUACUUUGUUUUAUGCUGUCUGUUACUGUUAGAAUGGUCCUUCUGAGUCUGGUCUGCUUGAGGUUUCUUCCUCAAAAAACAUCAAA